CACUCUUCUUUAAACUCUCCACCUUCACUCUCUACCUUCCUGACGUGACCUCUCUCUCUCUUUUCCUCCAUCAAUGGCCACCACAAACUCUCUCCACCAUCACCACCACUCCUCUUCUUACCACCGUCUCAAUCUCCAUUCCCAAUCUCACUUCGCACCAUCUUCUAUCUCCUUCAAACAGCCCACUACUUCCACCGCCACAUUCUCAUCACUCAUCUCCUCUUCCUCCUCCUCCUCCUCCUCCUCCUCCUCCGUCGUCUCCGCCGCUCUCGCAACAAACGCCUCCUCAGUAACCACCGCAGAAACCUCCACCGAGUUCGACGUCCUAGCGACCCAUCUAACCAACCAAGACUUCAGGAAAGCAGACGAAGAAACUCGCCGCCUUCUCAUCCAGAUAGCCGGAGAAGCCGCGGUCAAACGCGGAUACGUCUUCUUCUCCGAGGUGAAGUCAAUCUCCGUCCAAGAUCUUCAAGCCAUCGACAACCUCUGGACCAAACACAGCGACGGGAGGUUCGGGUACAGCGUGCAGCGCAAAAUCUGGUUAAAAGUCAAGAAAGACUUCACCAGAUUCUUCAUCAAAGUCGAGUGGAUGAAGCUCCUCGACACGGAGGUGGUUCAGUACAACUACAGAGCUUUCCCUGACGAGUUCAAGUGGGAGCUUAACGACGAAACGCCUCUUGGACACUUGCCGCUCACUAACGCGCUGAGGGGAACGCAGCUUCUGAAAUGCGUUUUGAGCCAUCCUGCGUUUGAGAUAGAUGGUGAUGACGUUGAGGAAGGGGAAGAAGCAGAGAACAGAGGUGGGGCCAAAGCACAGACCAAAGACACGAGAGUGUUUAAAACAGAUUACAGCUUCUGAUGUUUUUUUUUUUUAAUUUAUAUUUUCUGGUAAUGAAUAUAAACAUUAUUGGUUUAUAUCAAUGUGAAAUUCAUAAGUCAUGAAACUAA